GCGUUACGUUGCGGGUGAGGGGAUAGAGAAUUCGCUGGAAUGGCAGCAGCGACGCUGCUUGCUCUCAAUCUCUCAGGCCUUGGUCGUCACCUCUGCAAAACACUCUUGUCCAUAUCCUCUCCUUCUCGAGCUUUUCUGAAAUCUCAUCAUCUUACCUUCCACAAGCAAUUUCGCCGUCCACUCUCCUCUCCCUCCGCUUUAUCCCGCCGCUUCUCUGCCCGUUCCAGCUCUCCAGAUUUGGAUUACGCUGGAGCAGCAGAUGAAAAAUAUGAUGUGAUUGUAGUUGGAGGAGGACAUGCUGGGUGUGAAGCUGCACUUGCAGCUGCCCGCUUGGGGGCAAAAACUCUUCUCCUCACGCUAAAUAUUGAUCGGAUUGCAUGGCAGCCUUGCAAUCCAGCAGUUGGUGGACCUGCAAAGUCUCAACUAGUUCAUGAGGUUGAUGCGCUAGGUGGUGAAAUAGGGAAAAUUGCUGACAGAUGCUAUUUACAAAAGCGUGUACUCAAUAUCUCAAGAGGUCCUGCUGUCCGUGCACUACGUGCUCAGACUGAUAAAAGGGAAUAUGCCAUUCAAAUGAAAAAUGUAGUAGAAAGCACUCCUAAUCUUUCCAUUCGAGAGGCUAUGGUCACAGAUAUUUUAGUGGGGAAGAAUGACAAUGUGGAAGGUGUUUGCACAUUUUUUGGAAUGAAUUUCUAUGCUCCCUCCGUUAUUCUCACCACAGGGACUUUUAUGAGUGGUAAAAUUUGGGUUGGUAGGACUUCUAUGCCUGCGGGGAGAGCUGGGGAGUCUGCAUCACAUGGGCUAACUGAGAACUUGCUGCGCUUUGGUUUUGAAACUGAUCGAUUAAAAACUGGAACCCCAGCCCGCGUAGACAUUCGCACUGUUGAUUUUUCUGGAUUAGAACCUCAGCAUGGAGAUGAGAGGUGCUUCCAUUUGAACCUAUAUGUCGGCUGGUUCAGUUUUGAUCCUGAUGUCCAUAUUGAAAGAGAGCAAAUGUGCUGCUAUUUGACCCGCACUACCAGUAGAACUCACCAGAUAAUUAGAGAUAACUUGCAUGAAACUCCCACCUAUGGAGGAUGGGUUGAAGCUAAAGGACCUAGAUACUGUCCUUCCAUUGAAGAUAAGAUUGUAAGGUUUCAAGAUAAAGAGUCUCAUCAGAUAUUUCUUGAACCAGAGGGCCGACAUGUGCCUGAGCUCUAUGUGCAGGGGUUUUCAACUGGUUUACCUGAGAGACUACAGUUACCUUUGUUGAGAACUUUACCUGGACUUGAAAACUGUUCAAUGCUGAGGCCUGCAUAUGCCGUAGAGUAUGAUUUUUUGCCUGCUCAUCAAUGUGCUAGAUCUCUGAUGACAAAGAAAAUAGAAGGAUUGUUCUUCUCAGGUCAAAUAAAUGGAACCACAGGCUAUGAAGAAGCUGCGGCACAGGGCAUAAUUUCUGGCAUCAAUGCUGCUAGGCAUGCAGAUGGUCAGUCACUUGUUAUUCUUGAAAGGGAGAGCAGUUAUAUAGGGACAUUAAUUGAUGAUCUAGUCACCAAGGACCUGCGGGAACCUUACCGUAUGUUGACAAGCCGGUCAGAGCAUAGAUUACUCUUGAGAUCUGAUAAUGCCGAUAGUCGCCUCACUCCAUUGGGUCGUGAAGUUGGGCUGAUAGACGAUAGGCGCUGGAAAUUGUAUCAGGAGAAGCAGACUCGAAUUUCUGAGGAAAAGAAGCGAUUGAAAAGUGUUAGGAUUUCAGGUGGGGCUUUGGCUGCUGAUGUCAUGAGUGUAUCUGGUCAGCCAGUGAGAGACUCCUCAACACUGGAAAGCCUUCUUAAGAAACCACACAUGCAAUAUGGAAUUCUUGAUAAGCAUGGUUUUGGCAACAGCAACUUAUCAAGAAUGGAGAAAGAAUGUGUCGAGAUUGAUAUUAAGUAUGAAGGUUUCAUCUUGCGUCAGCAAAGCCAACUUCAACAGAUGGUCGGCCAACAACAUAGACCACUCCCUGUGGACUUGAAUUAUCAUGCAAUGACAACUUUGUCUCUUGAAGCGCGUGAAAAACUCUCCAAGGUGAGGCCACAAACCAUUGGUCAGGCAAGCAGAGUAGGUGGGGUGAGCCCUGCAGAUAUUACCGCUCUUCUUAUUGUUCUUGAAACUAAUAGAAGGAAAGCUCAAGAACAAAGGAGAUCCGAAAUGCUAAAUGCCAUCAGAACAGAUACCCAAGAAGAGGCGACUGAAGUAGUUUCUUGUACCGAAACGGUGAGCUCUGGAUAAGCCUUUUCCGCUAGUAAGCAACCAUGUUCAUAUAGACUUCUUUUUUUGUUACAGUGUAGUCCAUAGAGAUUUUUUGUAGUUCUUGAUUAACCCGACUAAAUACUGUUAUACCGGGUAACUUAAAUUAAAACCGCCCCCCCAAGAAAAAAAACCACACAAUUUUGUUAGUGAAAAUAGAAUAAAUUUUUAUUCUAUAAUCAAUGGAUGGUUUUUAGAUUUAUGAGUAUUUAAUGAAAUUGUUGUCACAAAGCCCCUGAAGUUUGAGAA